AUCUUUAUCAUAGCAUUUGUGUGGCCUACGCCCAGCUCUCUCUCUCUCUCUCUCUCUCUCUCUCUCUCUCUCUAGAUUAUCUCCUCGCCGUCUUCAUUCUAUACGUCAAUCCAUCGCUCGCCAUAUUUUUCCGAAGCAAGAAGGUUUUAAUUUUCAAAGCAAACACAAGCGUUUUCAUUCAGAAUUGAGCAAGAAUCCUGCGAUUCUCAGCUGCUCUCGCUCUCUAGCUCUAUCUCUAUCUCUAUCUCUCUGGCUUGUUUUCUAGGUAGUUUGAAGCGACGAGCGUUUGAUUCCGUUGCGUUUAUUGAAUUAUUAUGAGCUGCGUGGCGUGUGUUUAUGUGCCGUUGAAUGCUUAGUUCGAUUCAAUGAGAUUGCUCUACUCCGUUGCUUCGUGAGAGGAAUGGCUUCUGCUCCUUCAAUGUCGGUUCCUGUAGAAUGCGUGAACAUAUGUAAGUUUGCGAAAGGGGAUGGGAGUGGCAGGUACGACUGUAGUGUUCUCUCGUGUGCGUGGAAAGCUCCGAGAGUCUUGACUGGGUUCCUUGCGAGCACUGCUCAUCCUGUUCAUUCUUUUGUCUCACUCCAUGAACGAACGAGGAAAAGAAAUCGUAUCAAAUCUAGAUGUGAAGCCCCUGAUGAAAGAAGCUAUUAUUCUACCAAAGUUUCCAGUACAGUACUUCCUGGCAGACUCUUUAGGUUAAGCUUUCCUUGCGUUGCUUGUGGAAGGUGGCAGUUAUGUUGUUCUUCAUCCUUACAUUCAGAAGCCUUUGACAAGGUUUCUCCUGAAAUGUUGUGGGAGGAUCUUAGACCCACCAUUUCUUAUCUCCCACCUAAAGAAUUGGAACUAGUAAAUGAUGCUCUUAAGUUGGCUUUUGAGGCACAUGAUGGCCAAAAAAGACGCAGUGGCGAGCCCUUUAUUAUUCAUCCUGUUGAAGUUGCCCGUAUCUUAGGAGAACUUGAAUUGGACUGGGAAUCAAUUGCUGCUGGAUUAUUGCAUGACACAGUUGAGGAUACAGAUGUUGUGACCUUUGAAAGAAUAGGAAAGGAGUUUGGAGCUACUGUACGCCACAUUGUAGAAGGAGAGACUAAGGUUUCUAAGCUCGGAAAACUCAAGUGCAAUAAGGAAAAUGAUUCUGUGCAAGAUGUAAAAGCUGAUGACUUGCGGCAAAUGUUUCUAGCCAUGACAGAGGAGGUCCGCGUUAUCAUUGUUAAAUUGGCUGACAGAUUACAUAACAUGCGCACUCUCUGUCACAUGCCCCCUCAUAAGCAGUCCAGCAUUGCAAUGGAGACAUUGCAGGUCUUUGCUCCUUUGGCAAAGUUGCUAGGGAUGUACCAAAUUAAGUCUGAACUUGAAAAUCUAUCCUUCAUGUACACAAAUGCCCAAGACCAUGCGAAAGUCAAGAGAAGAGUUAUGGACCUCUAUAGGGAACACGAGAAAGAACUCAUGGAGGCAAACAAAAUUUUGAUGGAAAAGAUUGAGAAUGAUGAGUUCUUAGGCCUCAUGGCAGUGAAGACCGAAGUUCGUUCUGUAUGUAAGGAGCCCUACAGUAUUUAUAAAGCUGUGCUCAAAUCUAGAGGUUCAAUAAAUGAGGUCAACCAGAUUGCACAGCUUCGUAUUAUUGUAAAACCAAAGCCAUGCAUUGGAGUUGGGCCUCUAUGUAGCGCACAGCAGAUUUGCUACCAUGUUCUUGGGCUGGUUCAUGGAAUCUGGACUCCUGUUCCUCGCUCUAUUAAAGACUACGUUGCAACCCCAAAGCCUAAUGGCUAUCAAAGUCUGCAUACAACUGUAAUCCCGUUCCUUUAUGAGAGCAUGUUCAGGAUGGAAGUUCAGAUAAGGACUGAAGAGAUGGAUCUAAUAGCUGAGAGAGGAAUUGCUGCUCAUUAUAGUGGGAGAGUAUUUGUUACUGGUUUAGUUGGACAUGCAAAGCCUAAUGGUAGAAUUUCAAGAGGGAAGCCAGUCCGUCUUAACAAUGCAAACAUAGCUCUCAGGAUUGGCUGGCUUAAUGCAAUUAGAGAAUGGCAAGAGGAAUUUGUUGGGAACAUGAGCUCUAGGGAAUUUGUGGACACUAUCACAAGAGAUCUGUUGGGUAGUCGUGUUUUUGUAUUCACACCAAGGGGUGAGAUUAAAAAUCUGCCAAGGGGCGCAACAGUUAUUGACUAUGCUUAUAUGAUACACACUGAAAUUGGCAACAAAAUGGUGGCUGCAAAGGUCAAUGGUAAUCUCGUUUCUCCCACACAUGUUCUUGCGAAUGCUGAAGUUGUAGAGAUUAUUACCUAUAAUGCAUUGUCAAGCAAAUCUGCUUUCCAGAGGCAUAAGCAGUGGUUGCAACAUGCAAAGACCCGUAGUGCCCGGCACAAGAUUAUGAAAUUUUUGAGAGAGCAAGCUGCACUAUCUGCUACUGAGAUAACAGCUGAUCGAGUAAAUGACUUUGUUGCUGAUCCUGAAGAGGACAGUGGAUCCGGAAAGCUACCAGACUAUUCCAAGGGGUUCAAAUUUACAUGGAAGAAAAUGCUCAUGAAUGUAGCAGAAAUGUCAUCCUUGAGGAGGAUUGGUGAAGAUGCAUUUCAUGUUCAAAAUAAUAGUGUCCCAGUACCUAAGGUUAAUGGGAAACAUAACAAGCACAUGCAGCAUAUGAGUUUGAAGGCCACGGAGGAGCAAUUAUCACAAGGAAAUGGUGUUGCCAAGAUGAUACAAGCUAACAUUCCCAUGUAUAAGGAAGUUUUGCCUGGUCUGGUAAGUUGGCAAACUAGGAAGGUCGCCUCCUGGCAUAAUCUAGAAAGGCACUCCAUUCAAUGGUUGUGCAUAAUAUGUAUAGAUCGGAAAGGCAUCAUGGCAGAUAUCACAGCAGUGUUGGCAGCUGUGGGCAUCACGAUAUGUUCUUGUGCGGCUGAGAUUGAUAGGGGAAAGGGUAUGGCUGUCAUGUUAUUUCAUGUUGAAGGAAGCCUGGACAGUUUGGUUAAUGCUUGUUCGAACAUUGAUCAAAUCCUGGGUGUUUUGGGAUGGUCAACGGGUUGCAGCUGGCCAUGCUUUGUAGAGAAUCACCAAUUUCUUGAAUGCUAGUUAAUCAGAAGAUACGCUUACCCCAGGUAACCCAGCUAUCGCUGGCUUGGGUACAAAGUUUUGCCGUUGGAGAAAUAUGAGAUUCAUCUGUGAAAAAGAUUUUGGAUAUAUGGUUCCAUAGUCAUCAUAUAUUUGUUGAGAACUCAAACACAAAAUAAGCCAGCAUCAUCCAAUCAUCAUAAAUUUGUGGUCAGGACAUUGUACAUAGAGAAACAGAGCGAUAGAUAGGGUUGGAGAGUAUACAGUGUGCGCCAUUGUAAACAUACUGUAUGGAGAUGACAGUGGAGCAUUCCCGCGUAAGGGUUUAACAAAGCUCUCUCACUCUCGAAGUUAUGUUUGUAAUAUUUGUAAUAUGUGUUGUCACUUGUGUUAAUCGGACCAUUAUCAGUAACUAGGGAUACUUCUACCCUAAUUACGUUAAAAUUAGUGUCCAGAUUGUAAAGGGAAACGUUCAAGUUUCAUCUGUUUUAGAAUAUCAAUUCUUAGAAAUAAAAAAGUUCAUUACAUGGAUUUGACA